UGAACGCUUGUCUUUUACCGGAAGACUCCGUGUUUACAGCGCAGCUUUCGCUCCACGUUAGCAUCCGUGAUUUGUCGAGAAGUAACGAGGAAUUUAUCUUGUGCCUCUUUUUUUAAAACUGACCGUUCGACAAUUUCGCAAAAAUAACGUGGUCACUUCUGCGCUUAUCGCGAGUAGCAUGAUAGUUUCGAGGCGGAAGUGCUGCCGACGAGCAUAGCAAUGACAAGCUGGCUAACGUAGCGCGGAGGUUAGCCAGCUAGGCAACUAAUAACAGCAGCUAACUUCUCUCACAGCAGCGGUCAACCAGUCCAGUGAAACAGGUCCGGGAACAAGCGCGGCCAUGGGAGCUGAGAGCAGCGCGGUGCGGAGCUGCACCCUGGAGGAGCCACUCCUGACCCUGCCCUCCGGACUAACGAUGCACUCGGCGAUGCUCCAAGAUGGAAAGCCCGCUUCCGUGUUUGUUCACAAGCGAGGCAACGAAGACAAAGUCAACAAAGCUGCCAAGCACUUGAAGACCCUGAGGCAUCCAUGCCUGCUGCGCUUCCUGUCCUGCUCAGUGCAGGAUGGUGGCAUCCACCUGGUGACAGAGCGUGUGCAGCCUCUGGAGCUGCUGCUGGACAGCCUCUCUCCGGAGGAAAUCUGCGCAGGCAUCUAUGACCUCCUGCAGGCACUUAUCUUUCUGCACGAGAGGGGCAAAUCAAGCCACAACAACGUCUGCAUUUCAUCUGUAUUUGUCAGCGAAGAUGGUCAUUGGAAACUUGGAGGAAUGGAGACCGUCUGCAAGUUCUCUGAGGCAACACCUGAGUUUCUCACAAGUAUUCAGAAUGUGAGAGAGGCCAGCUGCAUUCCUCCAGAAGAGCAGGCUGAGGGCUUCAAAAUGCUGCCAGAGAAGAGCGCUCACUCUCGGGACUGUUACUCUUUUGGUAUGAUGGUGGAAACUCUUCUCACUCUCCUUAAUGGCUAUGUGUCACAGGAGCUGUCUGACAGCCUGACGAAGACCCUGCAGGCGGGCCUGCUGAACUCUGACCCAUUGUCUCGGCCUCCACUCAGCUCCCUGCUGACUCAUGACUUUUUCAGGAAUGACUUUCUGGAUGUGAUGAAUUUUCUGAAGAGCCUGACCUUGAAGACGGAAGAAGAAAAGAAUGAAUUCUUCAAGUUUCUUCUGGAUCGGGCCCAGAGUCUCCCUGAAGAGCUCAUGGCUGCACGCCUGGUCCCCAAACUCCUCAACUCUCUGGUUUUUGCAGAGCCCAUGGCUGUCAAAAGCUUCCUGCCUCAUCUUCUAAGGCCAAAGAAGGAUUCCAGCAGUGGAGGUAGCGGUGAAGAAUGCCUGCUGUCUGUGUCCCUUUACCGUAAACACGUGAUUCCUCAGCUUCUCAAGCUCUUCAAGGUCAACGAGGAACACAUCAGGAUCGUGUUGCUGGCUCACAUCCACAUCUAUGCUGAGUUCUUCUCCCAUGAUGAGCUCAAAAACCAGAUCCUACCUCAGGUUUUGUUAGGAAUGAGAGACACCAAUGAUUCGCUGGUUGCCAUGACACUGCAGAGUCUGGCAGUGUUGGUGCCGCUGCUAGGGGCUCAAGUGGUGGUUGGUGGAGAGCGAACCAAGGUCUUCAAACGCACCACACCCAACUUCACCAAGUCUACAGAGGUCACACCUGAAACUUCACCGGUCCAUAUCGUUGGAGUCUCUCACCCUCAGAUAGCCCAGCCUUCCAAAGUCUUGAGUUUGUUUCCCAGGCCGGUGGGAACUGAAGGCCUGGUCCUAGGUCAUAUGGGUAAUUUAGCAGGUGGUAAGGAGACUCCAAGAAGUUACCCUGUGGCAUCAAAAUCAGAUGUCAGUAGACAGAUGUCUCUACCCUUGAACGGCUUUCAUCAGGAACGUGUGGUGGAGCCGCUGUCAUACAGCCCCGAGCAGACUGACAGACCAGAAGGCCCAGUGGAGGACUGGCCUGACUGGAACGACCCCGAAGAGAACGAGAGCAGAGGUGGACAGUCGGUCCAGAUCCACAUUCAGGCCUCAGAGAGAGAAGAUCCGGUCCGCAGCAGAGUACCACUCUCACAUCCGCAGAUUGAAGAGGAGCCUUGGGACGACUUUGAGGACACUGAACCUACCUCAGAUCUCUCCCCGACGGCUCCUUUAACAGACCCAGUUAUACUCACCCCACCCAGAGGGGGCAUCACUACACCUGUACAACAUGUUCCUGAAGCACUAAGACUGGGCUCCUCCAAACCCCUCAAACUGACUUCGACACUGAGACAGUCUACAGAGAGCAAGACCACUUCCUCAUGGGACGAUGGGUGGGCUCAAGAGGAGAGAGACUCACACAGCCCAUUAAACCCCAAGCCCAAACCUAAAGUGCCACAAAAGAACGGGGGGACAGAAGGUCUGGGCGAGGAGUUCACCAUCAAGGUGAAGAAAAAGGUAGAGCUGGACCCAGAGCUGGAUCUGUUUGCAGACAUGGUGCCAGACAUUAAGCUGUCCUCUCCUGCUCUGCUGCCCCUGGAGGAGAGCAGUGUGAGUGAUGCUGGGUUGUCUGCAGCAUCUUCAGAAAACACAGAAUCUCUGCAGGUUGACUCAUCCAUCGAUACUGCAACACUCACUGCCAAGUUUGCAGCUGCCAACCUGACUGAGGCUGAAACAGACGGCUGGGGAGGCGAAGAGGACCUUAACUGGGAGGAUGAGAAUGCCUGGUGAUGAUGUUUGAUCCGUCUGGAGCAAAAGAACUAACUACUGGAAAACUAAAAUCCUGAUGCACCAUUUCAGUGAGCCUAUAGGCUGAAAGUUGCUUCAGUUCUCAUUUAACAGCAUGAUGCAGUAAGAGUAAUAAUUGGAUGGGACCUUUUAAUCCUGUUCUGUUGGUUUCCAGACAUUUAUUAUCAGCCUGUUCUUUAAGAUUACUUGAUUUUAAACUGGAAGGAUUGGACGUUAAUCAGAUGGUGGUGGACUUGAAGCCAUUCUUAAUUCUUUUGCCAACUGACACUUGUCACCUGGAGGUGAAUAAGGACCUUAAUCAGAGGUGAAUAUCAUCCUGUUUUCAUCUGCUUUUUUUUUUUUUUUUGGUUAAAGCGUGCCAACUUUGCUACUGGCAUGAAGAUCAACAUAGACUUUUUGGCAAGACACAAGGUGUCAGGUUUGAUUUACAGAAGGUUUGCACUUUGAAUGAAUGUGAAAUAGGAAUUACAUAAUUUAUUUGUUUUUUUGGUUGCUGGUGAAGUAAAGAUUUUACUGGAUCAAG